AUGUCAGAUCUCCCAUCGCUCGUCUCAGAGCUUCAUCAUGCUCUUGAACGCCAGCAGUUCGAUGCCGUCAACAGCCUUCUCAGCCGCGCAAAGAUAUCACUUUUGCAACAAAAUGCCUUGAUUCCGAACCCAGAGAUGCAUCCCCAACUUUUUAAUCUCGCACGAGCGGUUCUCGAGCUUGGCGCCUUGGCUUCUAUCCGACAACAGGACGCGCAGGCCUUUACGAGAUACUACCAGCAGCUGCAGCCGUUUUACGAUAUCGAGCGAUACAGUGAGGAAAACCCGGGCUCAUCGCAGAUGGAUAUCCGUAACAGUCAGCGCAGCAAGAUUACGGGAUUGUAUCUGUUGCUAUUGUUGAGCAUGGGCAAUAGCACUGGAUUCCAUACUGUGUUGGAAGGACUGGUCGAGGAAGCGAGCUUGAAGGGAAAGAAGGUUGAGGAUGAUCCUUAUGUCAAAUAUCCGGUUGAGCUGGAGAGGAAUUUGAUGGAAGGUAGCUAUGACAAGGUCUGGGCGGAGACAAAGUCGGAGAGAGUUCCGUCAGAGGAUUUUGGGUUGUUUUCUAAUAUUCUCGUCGGAACGAUUCGAAGCGAAAUCGCAGACUGCUCUGAGAAGGCAUACCCAUCUCUUCCCAUCUCCAACGCAAAGAACCUUCUCUUCCUCGAGUCAGAAGGCGCCGUUAUUGAGUUCGCAGUACAGCGCGGUUGGAUCCUCCGUGACGGGCGCAUAUAUUUCCCUGUCGAGCCCGAGGCGGCCGCACGUUCCGAGAAGGAUAUUCUGCUGGCGAGCAGCACCGUGAUCGAAAAUACGAUAGGCUAUGCCCGGGAAUUGGAGAUGAUUGUUUAA